AUGUCAGAUGAGUGCAAUACUACUCCAUACCUCACAGGCUGCUGUGAGGAAGCUGCUUUCAUUUUGAGAAAGAUAAGAAUAGUAGCUGGGAGAGGCAGCGCGAGUCCGGCCGAAGGCGGAGAGCGAGUGAGCGAACGAGCGCGGGGCUGCGGGCCGAGUCGGUGCACGUUUCCAGGAUUCAGCGUGGGUAACGUGGAGAAGGGCAAGAAGAUCUUUGUGCAGAAGUGCGCCCAGUGCCACACGGUGGAGAAGGGGGGCAAGCACAAGAUCAGCCCCAACUUCCACGGGGUCAUAGGCUGCAAGACCGGCCAGGCCCUGGGCUUCUCCUACACAGACGCCAACAAAAACAAAGGUAUCGUCUGGGGAGAGGACACCCUGAUGGAGUACCUGGAGAACCCCAAGAAGUACAUCCCCGGAGCCAAGAUGAUCUUCGCGGGUAUCAAGAAGAAGGGAGAGAGGGCAGACUUGAUAGCCUACCUGAAACAGGCCACCAAUGAGUGAUGGCUGCCUG